CCUUGCACUACCUUCCAAGUGAAAUUUCUGACAGGUCCUUUUAGGGUGCAACCUGUUAUUUAUAUUUUUUGAGAUGGUACUUAAAUUAUAUAAAUCGUCUUUAAUUACACUUUAUAAUAUGUGAUAUUCCUUUUUUUUUUGUGAAAAAAUAACCGUUGCCCUAAGAUCUAUUAUGUUACCAUUAACUUAUUUAGUAUUUUCUUCAAAUCAAAAGUUCCUCAAAGUCACUACUAGUCCCAGCUUUUAUCAUUUUUUCAAAGAAAACUUUUCAGUUCAAGUAUUGAAACAUUUAAACAGCCCAGUUCAACCUUUAUUAAGUCCAAUCAAUGCUCUAGAAACAUUGAUAAAAAAGGGCGAGUUGAAUGAAGAUCCCCAUCAGAAAGUUAUUGUUCAAGAACUUGAGAAGGUUUAUUUAGAUAUUCAGGAUUAUUCUCCUACCAAGGUAGGAUUUUUUAGUAAAUUAUUUAAUCGAAGGAAUGUUGUUAACUCACCAAAGGGAAUUUAUUUAUAUGGAGCUGUUGGAGGAGGAAAAACCAUGCUAAUGGAUUUAUUUUAUGGCUGCUGUAAGAUUCAGAAGAAGAAGAGAGUCCAUUUUCAUUCUUUUAUGCUGGAUGUUCAUGCCCGAAUUCAUGAUUAUAAAAAGACAAUCACAAGAGAUAGGGAUUCCAACAAACCUCAGGUAGUUGAUGUAAUUACUCCAAUAGCUGCAGAUAUCAGUAAUGAGUCGUGGCUGAUAUGUUUUGAUGAGUUUCAGGUUACUGAUAUCGCUGAUGCUAUGAUUUUGAAGAGACUUUUCACGUCUCUCUUUUCUUAUGGAGUAGUUGUUAUAGCUACCAGUAAUCGCCCGCCUGAUGAUCUUUACAAGAAUGGCCUGCAAAGAUCAAAUUUCGUACCAUUUAUUCAAGUAUUAAAAGAUUAUUGUCAUGUCAUUUCGUUAGAAUCUGGUAUUGAUUACAGAACUAAGGCAACAAAAGGACAGGUUAAGAUAUAUUUUGUAAUAACAGAAGAUAAUGCAAAUGAGGAAAUGGACAGAAUAUUUAAAAUGUUAUGUUCUAUGGAAAAUGAUAUUAUUCGUCCAAGAACAUUGACUAUAAUGGGUCGUAAUGUUACCUUUAAUAAAACUUGUGGCCAAGUGAUAGAUUCUACAUUUAAUGAGCUCUGUGCUCGGCCCUUAGGUGCAAGUGAUUAUUUGCAGUUAUCACAAGCAUUUCACACAGUAUUAAUAAGAGAUGUACCUGAACUCAGCUUAAAACUGAGGUCUGAAACAAGGAGGUUUAUAACUCUUAUUGACACCUUUUAUGACAACAAGGUGAGAGUGGUGGUCUCUGCUGAAAAACCACAUGAUCAAUUGUUUUUGAAAGAUUCGAAACAUGAUGAUGAUGAAGAUGAAAAACGUGUUUUAAUGGAUGACCUCAAUAUUGUUAAAGGAUCAGAAAAUGCUUCUUCAAAUAUCUUUACUGGUGAUGAAGAAAUAUUUGCAUUUGACAGAACUGUAUCACGACUUUCUGAAAUGCAGACACAAGAUUAUUGGCAACAAUGGAAUAAGAGAAGAUAGAAUAUUUAUUAUUUUUUUUCAAACAAUUGUUUUGAAUAUAAAAAAUAAUAAAUAAAAAAUCUUACUUUUUGGUUGUAAUAGCUUUAACAUGUAGCAUAAAACUUCUAUUAAUUUAGUGAUUCUGUUCAUUGAAAAAAAAAUAAAGUGUAUCUUAAUACAACCUGUGAUUCAAUUUUAUUGUGACGUGUUUUAAAUUUGAUUAGACAAAUAUAUAUUUUUGAAGCUAA